GGAACUUGCCUCAUGUGUGUGUAUGUAUGUGUGUGUGAUUGUGGGUGUGGAUAGUUUAACCUUUUUAUAUCUUAGCUGCCUGUAAACUCAGUGAUUGCUACGUUCAGAUCAAACCUUGAACUUGGUUUUUUCUGGUGCCAGGAGCCUUCCUGGGCUCCCCAUUCCCUGCCAGAAUCACCACCGUUUCCCAUGGUUAUUCUACAGCAGCUUCACUGGCUGAAAAUGAAAACUGAACAAAGGGAUUAAAUUGCGAGAACGACUGUCAAUCUAUUAUAUAUUUGUACAAUCUGGUAUUAAAAUGCUUUCCCCAAAAGAUAUUCUGCGAAAAGAUCUGAAGUUGGUCCAUGGUUAUCCCAUUACCUGUGCUUUUGUGAGCAACUGGGAAAAAAUUGAACGGUUCCAUAGCAGACCAGAUGACAUUGUGAUAGCCACUUAUCCUAAAUCAGGUACUACUUGGGUUAGUGAAAUUAUAGACAUGAUUCUAAAUGAUGGAGAUAUUGAAAAAUGUAAGCGAGGUUUUAUUACUGAAAAAGUUCCAAUGUUGGAAAUGACUCUCCCUGGAUUAAAAACAUCAGGUAUAGAACAAUUAGAGAAGAAUCCAUCACCCCGGAUUGUGAAAACCCAUCUACCAACUGAUCUUCUUCCUAAAUCUUUCUGGGAAAACAAUUGCAAGAUGAUUUAUCUGGCUCGUAAUGCCAAGGAUGUUUCAGUCUCAUAUUACCAUUUCGACAUAAUGAAUAAUUUACAACCUUUUCCUGGUACCUGGGAAGAAUAUCUGGAGAAAUUCUUAACUGGAAAAGUGGCCUAUGGUUCCUGGUUUACUCAUGUUAAAAACUGGUGGAAGAAAAAGGAAGAACACCCAAUACUUUUUUUGUACUAUGAAGAUAUGAAAGAGAAUCCAAAGGAGGAAAUCAAGAAGAUCAUUAGAUUUCUAGAGAAGAACCUGAAUGAUGAAAUCUUGGAUAGGAUCAUCCAUCACACCUCAUUUGAAGUGAUGAAGGACAAUCCUUUGGUAAAUUAUACACAUCUACCAACUACAGUGAUGGAUCAUAGCAAAUCCCCUUUUAUGCGUAAAGGGACGGCUGGUGACUGGAAGAAUUACUUCACCGUGGCCCAAAAUGAGAAAUUUGAUGCUAUUUAUAAGACAGAAAUGUCCAAAACUGCACUUCAAUUCCGCACAGAGAUUUAAAGUGUCUAAAUCACAAAUCUAAAGAAAUAAGAAAUUCUCUGUAGUUGAUUGAAACGAGGGCAGCUAUGAAUUGAUUUGGGCAAUCAAAUGAAUUUAUAAAGGAGAAU